UGCGUAUCAAUAGCGUUGGAAGUCCAGCAUCUACUUUCGGUUUCACGAAAGAAAUUUUUAAGAAAAAAAUCAAGGUUUUAAGAGAAAACAAGUUAAAUAAAAAUGACAGAAGGUUUGAUAUUUUAAGAUGGCAGAUUCAGGUGGCAUCACACCACCAGGUACUGAGAGUCAUGCAGGAAGUGGACAAGAUAAGACCAAGGCUAAGGCAACAGAAGGAACUUCACAGACAGCCAAUUUGCCACCCCCAGACCAAACUGCAUCUGGAAGCAGUUCUGCAAAGAACCCUCCAGGGCAAAGUAGAGAUGGACCUUCUAAAUUGGCAGACAGUGCAUCUGGUUCUGUGCAAAAAGAUCCUGGCAAAAAAAAGAAUAAAGAUAGAGAGGAAAAUAGAGGAUUGACAGAAAAGAAACAGGGAAUGUUUGUUAUAGACAAGAGACAAGAAUACAAACCAAAAUAUUGUUCAUCAGAGCAAAAGAAAACGGAACACAUUAAAGAGAAACUACUGAAAGUGAAAUCAACACAAACUGAGAUAAAGAAAGAUGAUUCAGAAGCAGAAACUAUUGCAGAUAAACCAGACAAUAAGACAGAAAAGCUUGAAGUGGUUACCGAUGGAAAACAAAAUUUGGAUGAAGAGCACAGAUCAGAUGAACAAGUAGCAAAACAGAAUAAAGAUCAGCACUUUAGUGGAACAGAUGGUCAGCAAGCACAAACAUCUCAUACUGAUACAUAUAGGAAAACUAAAGAAGAAUCAGAAGGUCUUGAAAUUCUGGAUUUGGGUUCAUCUUUUGUUCUUGUUAGUCACAAUCAGAGUGCAGGUGAGUUAUAAACUUUGCAUAUUAGUAGCAGUUCUCUGUUAGCACCAGAAUUUUAUAUAAGGAUGCA